GCGAGCCGCGGCCGCCGCCCCGGCCCAGGGCCAUCUCGGGGGUCCGGGCCCCGCGCGGCCGGGGAGGCUCUGCGAGCCAGCGAGCCAGCCUUUCCCGCCCUCUCCCCCACGCGCUUCCUUUGGCCGCGGGGCACAAACUUGGCCUGGCCCGGGAGGAGGCUUUUCUUUAGAGGUUGAAUUGACCAAAGCAAUGGUUAUGGAGAAGCCUAGUCCCCUGCUGGUCGGGCGGGAAUUUGUGAGACAGUAUUAUACACUGCUGAACCAGGCCCCAGACAUGCUACACAGAUUUUAUGGAAAAAACUCUUCUUAUGUACAUGGGGGAUUGGAUUCAAAUGGAAAACCAGCAGAUGCGGUCUAUGGACAGAAAGAAAUCCAUAGGAAAGUGAUGUCACAGAACUUCACCAACUGUCACACUAAGAUUCGCCAUGUUGAUGCUCAUGCCACUCUAAAUGAUGGCGUGGUGGUCCAGGUGAUGGGACUGCUCUCUAAUAACAACCAGGCUUUGAGGAGAUUCAUGCAAACUUUUGUCCUUGCUCCUGAGGGCUCUGUUGCAAAUAAGUUCUAUGUUCACAAUGAUAUCUUCAGAUACCAAGAUGAGGUCUUUGGUGGCUUUGUCACUGAGCCUCAAGAGGAGUCUGAGGAAGAAGUGGAGGAACCUGAAGAAAGACAGCAGACGCCGGAGGUGGUACCUGAUGAUCCUGGAACUUUCUAUGAUCAGACUGUCAGCAAUGACUUGGAAGAACAUUUAGAGGAACCUGUUGCCGAACCAGAGCCCGAUCCUGAACCAGAACCAGAACAAGAACCCGUAUCUGAAAUCCAAGAGGAAAAGUGUGAACCAGUAUUAGAAGAAACUGCUCCUGAGGAUGCUCAGAAGAAUUCUUCUCCAGCACCUACAGACAUAGCUCAGACUGUACAGGAAGAUUUGAGGACAUUUUCUUGGGCAUCUGUGACCAGUAAGAACCUUCCACCCAGUGGAGCUGUUCCAGUUACUGGAAUACCACCUCAUGUUGUUAAAAUACCAGCUUCGCAGCCCCGUCCCGAGUCUAAGCCUGAAUCUCAGAUUCCACCACAGAGGCCUCAGAGGGAUCAAAGAGUGCGAGAACAACGAAUAAAUAUUCCUCCACAGAGGGGACCUAGACCAAUCCGUGAGGCCGGAGAGCAAGGGGAUGUUGAACCCCGAAGAAUUGUGAGACACCCUGACAGUCACCAGCUCUUCAUUGGCAACCUGCCUCAUGAGGUGGACAAAUCAGAACUUAAAGAUUUCUUUCAAAAUUAUGGGAAUGUGGUGGAGCUGCGCAUUAAUAGUGGUGGAAAAUUACCUAAUUUUGGUUUUGUUGUGUUUGAUGACUCUGAACCUGUUCAGAAGGUCCUUAGCAACAGGCCCAUCAUGUUCAGAGGUGAAGUUCGUCUGAAUGUGGAAGAGAAGAAGACUCGAGCAGCCAGGGAAGGAGACCGUCGAGAUAACCGCCUGAGGGGACCUGGAGGCCCUCGAGGUGGGCUGGGUGGUGGAAUGAGAGGCCCUCCCCGUGGAGGCAUGGUGCAGAAACCAGGAUUUGGAGUGGGAAGGGGGCUUGCUCCAAGGCAGUGAAUUGCUCUUCGCUGAUCUUCACGCGGCAGUACAAACCCUAGGUCUGCAGAACAGUGAAUUUCUUCAACCAGCCUUUGGUAUCUUGGAGUAUGACCCUAGUCUGUUAUAAACUGCUUAAGUUUGUACAACUUUUACUCCUUUUUGUGUUAAUGGUGUGUGCUCCCUCUCCUCGCUUUCCUUUCCUGACCUUUUAGUCCUUCACUUCCAAUUUUGUGGAAUGAUAUUUUAGGAAAAAUGGAUUUUUAAAGAAGAAAAAAAGAGACUGAAUUUCCUUGCUUAUUUUGCAUAUACGGACUGGAUUUUUUUUUUUUUUUUUUUUUUUAACAGCCAUUUCCCCAAAGGAAUGUGUCUUGCUUAUUACUGACAUUUGGUAUGUUUUAUUCAUUGGAAUAUUUCUUAUUUUCUAUGUGUUUCAAAAGCCUGUGAGAAAAUGCAGGAUUUGAUAAACAUUUUGAAGGCAGGAAAAAUCCAAAUUGUUUCUUCUUUGAGUCAUGCCUACCUUCUGGUGUGGAGCAAAUUGCCUUUGGAAAAAUUGAGUUUUGAUUGUCGCUGUUGUGGUUUAAAACUGAAUAAAAGGUGUUAAGAGUUUU